AUGGCCAACAAUUCUCACGUCAAUUGGCCAUGGCAACUGCAGCCACCCAACUCUCCUCUUCCCCCAGGACUCUCCGACACGGUGCUGACUGACCUCAUCUCGUCCAAAAUUGACAAGCUGAUCGGUCAUCCGGAUUUCGUCCUUUUUUCACCUAUCAUCCGUACCAUACUCGAAGCCAGUGACAAUGAGUGGCGGACGCUGAGAGACAUACGUCAGGAGCUGUCACGGUCUGCCCUAUUCCGAACACACUUUGCGAAUGUAUUCGACACCCCUCCGCAAGAAAUUUUCGACUUCAUUGUGCAGAUUAGGACGGACAAAAGCUGGAACACCAGGAGGCAGGACGUUCUAAUGCAAGUCAGUACCCGGCGUCUGUCAGGAUCUUCUUGGACGAGUUCUCAAGCAUCUGGUCACGCUCCAAUUAUCCCAACUACCUUCACCAGACCUAGGGAGGGACCAUUCUACUCUCCUUCUCGUGUCCGGCAGAGCCAUUCGGGAUUUGUAUCACAACAUCCGGCUCGUGGUGCACGCUCACGUUGCGCUGGAGGCAGCCCGACCUCUACAGAGGACCAUUCUUCUGCGGUGAGCGAUGGUCGGACUGCACCGGCUGGCUAUCGUUUCUACUGCCUAUCGCAGAAUUGCACGAAAAGCUAUUCCCGACAAGGACAUUAUGAGAACCACAUGCAUCGGUGUCACGCCGAGAUUGCUCUGCACAACCCUAUCAUGGCCCUUGAUAAGAUAUCAAGUCGAGGACAACCAAGUGCCGUCGAGCUUGGAGGACACGUUAGACCCAUAAAGGCGAAGGGGGGUGCACCGCCGACAACUCCUCAACCAGCGCUUUCGACCUCGAUGCCGUACACGUCUAUUCCACCCUCUCCAAUACCGGAGAUCGUCCCUCCGCCUGCCCCAACCUCGCACGCUGUCCAUUCGCUGACAAUUGAAUCCGGUACCGGCCCGCAAAUCAAGCAUUCCCAGAAACGGCCUCUCGGCACGGACAUGUCGCCGUCUGUAUUUCAAUAUGAUGUUGAUACAGCCUCCCACAGCCCCAGCUGGUAUUUUUUCGAUGGUGUACAGCCAUUUUUGGGAAUACUGCCAAGCCAGACGAUUUCAAACUCCGGCCGGUCUUUGUUCUCCACCGGUUCUCACGUGGGCAGUUGA